AAAUACACCUGAUAAUAGUUCGAACUGCUUAGUUGGUUAGUGCCUCAAUAAGCUGCAAGUAGUGUUAAACAUAAUGUGGAAGAAGCUGAUUUUUGGUCUAGUGCUAGCAGCCUUUGCAAGCCUGCAGUUUGUUAACAGCCUGACCUGCUACAGCUGCGUCUCACCCGACGACUGUCGCAAUCCCAGCACCCAAGUCUGCAGCAAUACUACAGCCGACGCCACCAGCCGCUGGUUGAACACCAUCCACAGUAAUGUGCCCACCGUAAAUGGGAGCAAUAGCUUCAAGUGCAUGAACCUCACAUAUUACUUUCAAUCAAACUUAAGCAAGACUCAUGAAUAUCUGGGCUGCUAUCAUCCCGCAGUUCCGGUGUGUGCUCUGACCUUAAAUGCAACUCAGGGCAGUACCUGGAGCAAGGGCUGCAGCUACUGUGAUUGGGACAGAUGCAAUCGCAAUCCGGCGGCCACUUUUAGCAAAAGCACCUAUACCAUUAUGGCUUCAGCUAUUACUCUGAUUCUGGCCAAAUUGGCCGUAGAGAAGCUGUAGAAAUUUCACAAUGCAUAUAUUUAGUAAUGGAACCCAUAAUAUUUUUAAUAUAAUAUUGUGAUUUUCAAAUAACUGUUUGAUCAAGAAGGAACGGGGUAGAGAGCAGUCUACUUGACCUAUCUCCUUAGGAGAAGAACAUAAUAUUGUGUAAAUAAAUAAAGGCCAAACAGUCGACAUAUUCAAAUACA